AAGAAUUCCAUGGAAGAUAUGUUGGAGCAUGAAGUAAUGUACACAGAAUAUAAAGUGUCAUUUGGCAGUGAUAGUAAUUGUUCCAAUGAUGCCAUCACUGUUGCUACCAAAAGUCGCCGAGAAGCAGCAAAAUUGUAUGGUUUAGUGCUUCAUCACAAGGGUAUUCUUAACAAGCUGGGUGGUGACCCUUGCUAUGUAAGAGUUCAGGAAUCCGAAAAUUUGGAUGAGAGGGGCCAGUAUUUUAAACUGUGGAGUGCAACAGAAAAGAUUUAUGCUGAAUGUUUCAUUUCACCACAAACAGUAAGUAUCUGUUGAUUAUAUAGUAUUAAUAGAUAACAAAUAGAUUUAGCAAGUUUUUGUUACUGGUACAGAGAUUUAAUAAGUUCACUUAGGAUUCCCUAUUUUCGCAAUGGAGAAAUCUUAGGCAAUGUAAUUAUCAUCAUGAAGACAGAUGAUUGUCAGAAUCCAAUAUUUAUUAACAAUAAUGAUUACAACAUCAAGUAAAGGAUUCUCAAUCAUUUCGUUGGGUAGAAAAUUUUUAAUUCUCACACACUACUGGGAGCUGCUGCAGCAUUAUCACAAACAUUAUUACAUAACCUGUCCAUUAUAGCUUUUCUUAAUAAAGGUGAGCAGGUGGGACUCAUGUUAACAGUUAGGCCAUGGUGACUGGUGAGCAACAACAGAAAUUUGCUCAUCUAACCUGCACCACCCAAUAACAUCCUAAUUGCCGCCCCAUCAGUGUGUGAGAAAAAUUUUCCGAUUCUUUUUCGUACCUCAGUAAUUUUUAGCUCACCAAUUAUACAGUAGCAAUGAUAGUACAUUGUAACUACAGUAAGGCUACAGGCAUUUUAGAAAAUCUACCUAAUUAUACAGUGUGUCAUAUUUUAGCCAGCACUUUACCCUUGAUAAGUUCAAUCAUCUGUUGUGAUACUGGAUAAAGUAACAAAGUGUGCCACAUUAAAGUGCAAUGCUACUUAAAGAAUUAACAACAACACAUUGCAUGGGCAGAUUAAUUGCUAAGAAAUACUUUCUUUUUAGUGUUCUGUUGAAAGUGGAACAUUGCCAACAAUUCCAGAGGGUAUUUCAAUGGACGGUGCUGCAAACCAGAGCUUUUCAAAAUGUAUGACAAGUCUGGACAUUUUAAAAAAUGUGUUUGGAUAUCAAAAGUUUAGACCAGGCCAAUCUGAUGCUAUUCAAGCUCUUGUAUCCGGAAAAGAUACCAUUGUUGUGAUCCCAACUGGUGGUGGGAAAACUGUAACGUUUGUUUUACCAUGUGUAAUGAUACCUGGCAUAGCAAUUGUGGUGUCUCCACUUGUUAUGUUUGAUGCAUGAUCAAGUUUCAAGACUGCGUUCUCUUGGAAUAAAUACUUGCUAUUAUAACACCCUUUUAUCUGACAGUGAAAGACAAAAUAUCUUGCACCAUUUACGAGAACCUAUGUGCCAGUAUCAAUUCGUUUUCAUUAGUCCAGAAGCGGUAAUGACCGAACAAUUUCAAAAUUGUUUGGAGAAAUUAAAACAUGACAAUCGUUUGAGUUUUUUUAUAAUUGAUGAAGCCCACUGCAUCGAUACUUGGGGAAGUGACUUUCGUCCUGCAUACCAGCUGCUAGGAACAUUAAGGAAAUUUGAUGUCCCUUUUGCUGCUCUAACUGGUACAGCUACUGGACACACCAUAGAUGUAAUCCGAUCAACUCUUCAAAUGAAAAAUGAACAGGUUGUGAAAAUGCCAUGUCGACGAGAUAACCUUCACUAAAAUAUUAUUCCUAAAAAGGAAAGCCAAUCAAAGCAGCAAGUAGCAAACAUCAUAAGCAAAGAACAUAUGAACGAGUGUGGUAUUGUGCAACCCAGGCAGACACUGUGGAAAUGGCUUACGUGUUAAAAGAUCAUGGCACACUUGCCACAUUUUAUCAUGCGGGUUUAGAUAGGAACGAGCGUUUACAAAAUGCCUCUUUGUGGUUAUCUGGGAGUGUACCAGUGAUAUGUUGCACGAAUGCAUUUGGAAUGGGCAUUGAUAAAAAGGAUGUUCGUUUCAUCAUGCACCUUACACAACCAGCGUCAUUAGAAGAUUAUGUGCAAGAAUCUGGUCGGGGUGGUAGAGAUGGAGAAACUUGUCACUGCGCGCUUUUCUUCCGAUUUGGAGACCGAGCCUUCCACUUGCGAAACAUAGGUCGGAUUGAGUCAAAGGCUACAAGUGAAAACAAGUUAAAACGGCUAAAUCAAAUCACACAGUAUUGUAUAAAGAAUUCAGUGUGCAGAUUACAGAGCACAGCUAGAUAUUUUGGAGAGGAUGAAGGCGAAUGUUGUGGCGUCUGUGACGUCUGUCAGAAGGGAAGUGUACUGGAUGCAAAAGACUGCACAGAUGAAGCAAAGAACUUGCUAAAUUGCCUUGCAAGCUUGAUUGCCAAUUCAACCAAGAGUAAAGUUAUCGGAACUAUCUAUGACGUGCAUGGGUUCAAAAGCCAAAGAAAUAACAAGUAA